AUGGCUUCAACCUCCCAACACAAAUUCUCCAGCGAUGAUUUUGAGCAAGCUGACCAAGGCCAACCACACCCAGCACUCCGGGCUUUGGACGUUGAAAUCGGCAAAUCCAAGAACAUGUCCAAGAUUGCGCCGAUCCAGCUUCUCAGCGCCGGUGGUUUCGUGGCCGUGACCCUUUUCCACAACCGCGUCUCGACGGAAGACUUGGACUACAUCAUGAAUCCCGAUACGCCGGGGGUGGACAAGAUCAAGCAGAAGCUGCAGAUUGCCAUCGAGGCCGUGUGCAGGCAGCGGGAGCUCCCUGCGGACUGGAUCAACUCGCAGAUGGAAAUAUUUGCCAUUGGCGCCAACAAGCAGCGCCUGUUCCGCGACUCGGUCACGCAGAAUGUCGUGCUCUGGCGCGGCGCCAACCUGGUCAUUUACGCCGCCCAGUGGGAGUGGUCGUUGGCCCGCAAGCUCAAAAGGGUCGGGUCGCAGUACAGAUUGAUUGAUAUUAGUGAUGCGGUUGAGAUUUUAUACAGGAUGGUAGAGGAGAACGGUGGCCCUCUCGCGCUGGAAACCGUCAAGUCGUGGGACACCAUCGUCUACACCCCACUGGAUAUGGAUGCGAUCAAAUAUGCCAUCGGCGCCACAAUAUUCCUCUUUUGGAAAAUUGCAUUUGCCCCGUCCUGGCAGUUUAACCCUAGGAGCUGUUUCGAGGAAGAGCUGGUAGUCAUCAUUAUCGCCGACUUCCGAGGCGUGGGUUCCAUCUCGUCGCAUCCCCUGCUCAAUCUUCCAAUUAAACGAGGCGACGAGCGCUUCGACAAAGCUCGCCAGCACAGCGUAUCGAACAACAUCCGCGUCCUCGGGGUCUGCAAUCCGGGACAGUCGCCACGACGCCUCGUUGUGGUGGAAGAAGUAGGUGGCCUCGUAGCCCAUCAUUAUGAUGUUGCCGCUGCACAAAUCUUCAUAGAGCCGGUAGAGCGAGCAGAGCGGCGUGUCCCGGAGACGGAACAGGGGGAUAUACUGGAGCUGCCGGAUGUUGCGCUGCACGCGGGACGCGCUGGCUACGUCGGGGCCAGCCUUGAUGAGCACGUCGUGGGUGGGUGGCAGUGGUUCCGCCUGGAAGCGCCACGGGUACGGGUACAGCAGCUGCCAGAGCAGUUUCCGGCGCUCUGA